AUGUAUUGCCCUCAGAACAUUGACAAACCUAAGUCUAAAAGCAGACGAGGAAGGUCUAAGGGUCCAGGCAAUGAAACAAAAGAGGCAAGCCGUAGUUCAUCUGCUACAUCUGGAAAGCACAGACGUGAAAGACCUAAGAAAGGCAUGGGAAAAGCAGGAGACGUUGUUUCGCAGCUGAAACAGGAAAAUGCUGCACUUCAAGAGCAGUUGGCGAAGAUGGCACGGAAACUAAAAUUUGCCCGGCUUAAAAGAGCUUUCCGUAAAACAAAUUGUAAGCUACUAGUGACCUGUGCAGGAUCCAACCAUACAUCUGGAAAUUCCGGACAAGCAUCCAUGGAUCAUACAUGUCCUUUCAGAAAACGCUCCAAGUCCAUGAAUUGUUCUGAAAUAUGGGAACUCCUGUCGGAGGAUGAAACUUCUGACCCAUCGGAAGUGGACUCUUAUGGACGGACCGAAUUGCACAGGGCUGCAGCUGACGGAGACACGGAGAUGGUGAGUCGGCUGCUGGAGCGUGGAUGGGACCCGAGAGCAAGGGAUCACCGGGGAAUGACACCCUUCCACAGGGCCCUGUUCUUAGGGAAGGUGGACGCAGCCGAGAUCCUGGCAGACGCCAACGGCAUAACGGACUCCCGGGGUGAAAUCACCAACGACCCUCUGUAUUAUGCUGCAGGGGAGGGAUACGUGGGGAUUGUUCGAAAGCUGCUCAAAUGGGGAGCGGACACACGACUUCAAGACUUUUUAGGACAGACACCCUUGCACAAUGCUUUGUUUAUGAAGAGGGAGGAUGUGGCGGAGAUCCUGGCGGACGCAGACGGCGAGAACGACAUCUCAGACGAAGACGGAUGCACCCCUCUACAUUACGCCGCAGGAAACGGGUACGUGGAGGUGGUGAAGAAGUUGCUGUGGAGUGGUGCUCACCCACACCCCUUGAACUGGGUGGGAUGGCCUCCCCUGCUCAUGGCUCUGCUUAAUGAGCAUGACGUCGUGGUGGAAGUGAUUAUCGCAGCGUGUGCAUUGAGAGGCGUCGCCAUCAACUGGGAGGAAAUUAAACUUUCCACUCGCCAGAUACUGCACUGCGUCGGACACCUCUCCCGAUGCGAAGCGGAGAUCCGUCGGAUGAAGAUAACCCGAGUAGGGGGAUCGAGGGUGUCCUACUGGGAUGUGGCGAGGAGAAACGUGAGCGAGGUCUCGCUAUACCUUGGGAACGAGGCCGUACGCAAGGCUUUGCAGAUCAGCCACAUCACGAAGACGAUGUUCCCGAUCUAUAGUGACCAGAUCACUUAUGUCGUGGAGGAAGCGGACAAGUGGAAGGCCCUGGUCCCCCUCUGGCUGGAGUGCUUCUCCCUCGUGGCACGGGAGAUGCCCCCCACGUGCACAGACCUCGUAUUGCUGCACCUGAGCAAGCGAGACCUGCGCAAUUUCAUCUGCGCCUGCAAAAAGUGAACUUUUGCUGCACGUUCCUGUCAAGAAUUUUGCCAGUGACAAUACAUGUGGAUGUUUUCUUUUUCACAAUUCUCUUGUCAUCAGUCGAGUGCUCCGACCGGCCGUAGCAGUACAUAAACUGUCCAUAAAAUUCGGAUGCUUUCCUCAUCAAAGGAUCCAUUCAACUAUGUGAAUAAUUUUGAUUUCGACAGAACUAAUCCUUUAAAAAAAAUUGUAUUUUUCAAUGGUGCUAAAGGAAGUGAGAUCUUGAGCAGCUUCUGUCAACAUGUGUAUUUCCUAUAUAUGUAUAUAUUUUUUUUCUUUGAAGAUUGGCUGAUGAAAAUAUUAAUUCACUCAUGUUUCAUCUAUCGUUGUUUUGUACACUUUUUAGAUACAUUCAUGUCUCACGAGUGCUCCUUUUUUUUGUACCACACUUGCCUGAAGAAAGUAAACUGGACUGGAAAAUAGUCUCAAGUUUUAAAAUAUCUUUU